CCUCGUGCGCGGCCAUGACGGGCCGGGCGCGCGCGCUGCUCGGCCUCCUGCUCCCGCUGCUGCUGCCCGGGCGGGGCGCGCGAGCGCAGUACGAGCAGUACAGCUUCCGCGGGUUCCCGCCCGCCGCGCUGGCGCCGCUCGCCUCCGCCUACGGCCGCGCGCUCGAGCUGUACGAGCAGGGCGAGUGGCGCGAGAGCGCGCAAGGGCUGGAGGCGGCGCUGCGGCUGCACCGCCUGCUGCGCGACAGCGAGGCAUUCUGCCACGCGCGCUGCGGCGACCCCGGCGACCCCGGCGACCCUGACGGCCCCGGAGAGCCAGACGGCGGCGAGUCCUGGGCGCAAGAGCUGCGGCUCUUCGGCGCCGUCUUGCAGCGCGCCGUCUGCUUGCGCCGCUGCCAGAGUGAGCUGCCGGCCUUCCGCGUGCCCUACCCGCCGCGCCAGCUGCUGCGCGACUUCCAGAGCCGCCGGCCCUACCUGUAUCUGCACUAUGCGCUCUUCAAGGACGACCGGCUGGAAAAGGCGGUGGCCGCGGCAUACACCUUCCUACAGAAGAACCCCAAGCACGAGCUGACCGCCAAGUAUCUGGGCUACUACCGGAGCAUGGUGGAUGUCCCCGAUGAGUCGCUUACCGACCUGGAGGCCCAGCCCUACGAGGCCGUGUUCCUCCGGGCUGUGAAGCUCUACAACAGUGGUGACUUCCGCAGCAGCGCCGAGGACAUGGAACGUGCCCUGGCCGAGUAUCUGGCCGUCUUUGCUCGAUGCCUGGCAGGUUGCGAGGGAGCCCAGGAGCAGGUGGAAUUCAAAGACUUCUACCCCGCCAUAGCAGAUCUCUUUGCAGAGUCUCUGCAGUGCAAAGUGGACUGCGAGGCUGACCUGACCCCCAAUGUGGGUGGCUACUUCGUGGACAAGUUCGUGGCCACCAUGUACCACUACCUCCAGUUCGCCUACUACAAGUUGAACGAUGUGCGUCAGGCCGCCCGCAGUGCCGCCAGCUACAUGCUUUUUGACCCCGGGGACAGCAUCAUGCAGCAGAACCUGGUGUACUACCGCUUCCACCGUGCACGCUGGGGUCUGGAGGACCAGGACUUCCUGCCCCGGGAGGAGGCCUCGCUCUACCACAAUCAGACAGCUGAGCUGCGGCAGCUGCUGGACUACUCCCGCGCGCACCUGCAGGCUGAUGAUGAGAUGGAGCUGCAGGAGGCGGAGCCAUCCCCAGAACUGGGACAGCCCCUGUCCGACGCAGAGUUUGAGGGACUUGGGGACUACGAGGAGGGGCUCUAUGCAGACUGGUGGCAGGAGCCAGAUGCCAAAGGGGAUGAGGCCGAGGCUGAGCUAGAGCCUGAGCUGGCAUGAGAAGAGGUCAUCCCAGGGGUCACCACGCCCCUCCCUCCAGAGCUCAGGAAGCUGGGGCGCAGCGAGGACUAUUUAUGAAAACCUGACUGUGGACGCUGCUGGCCUGUCCCUGCCGAGGGCACCGCUGCCUCUGAUGUGUCCCGACCACAGGAUGGUAGGGCGGUGUGCGGGGCUGACGGAGUCCGCCCGCUUCCUGGACAACCUCCUGCAGGAGACUCGGCCACAGCUGGAGUCUCUGCCCGAGUGGCAGCGGGGCUGCGGGGCUGCGGAGCCCUGGAGCAGGAGUCCAGGAGUUCCGGUAGACAGUGGGUGCUCAAUAAAUGCUCGUGUUGGGGCAAAAGACAGCGCCUGGGGUCCUGCGUAGGCGAGGUCGAGCCUCACGGGCUGGGGACGGCGUGCGAUCCCAGGCUGGCC